UAUUUACCACCAGAGGCGGCGUGCUCCCGGUCGAGGCGGCGUGCUCCCCGGUCGAGGCGGCGUGCUCCCGGUCGAGGCGGCGUGCUCCCGGUCGAGGCGGCGUGCUCCCGGUCGAGGCGGCGUGCUCCCGGUCGAGGCGGCGUGCUCCCGGUCGAAGCGGCGUGCUCCCGGUCGAGGCGGCGUGCUCCCGGUAGAGGCGGCGUGCUCCCGGUAGAGGCGGCGUGCUCCCGGUAGAGGCGGCGUGCUCCCGGUAGAGGCGGCGUGCUCCUAGAGGCAAAACUACACUUACUGUUCAGAUCCGUACAGCUAAUAAUAACUAAUACAAGAUAAGAACAUAAUAAGUAUUUUUAAUAAGUCGUAGGAAGUGAUCGGAGCAACUCCGGGAUCAAGCAAGCAUGGCGACCCCCAGUAAGACCCCGCCAGGUUCUGACCCCAAGCAGCUGGAGAGGACCGGGACGGUCCGGGAGAUCGGCUCUCAGGCGGUGUGGUCUCUGUCUUCCUGUAAACCAGGUUUUGGUGUGGACCAGCUGAGAGAUGAUAACUUGGAGACAUACUGGCAGUCUGAUGGAUCCCAGCCACACCUAGUCAACAUCCAGUUUAGGAGAAAGACCACAGUGAAGAUGUUGUGUAUGUAUGCAGACUACAAGUCAGACGAGAGCUACACCCCCAGUAAGAUCUCUGUCAGAGUAGGAAACAACUUCCACAACCUGCAGGAGAUCAGACAGUUAGAGAUGGUAGAGCCUAGCGGUUGGAUCCACAUCCCUCUUCUGGACACAGUCAACAACCCCAUCAGGACGUUCAUGAUCCAGAUAGCUGUGUUAGCCAACCACCAGAACGGCAGAGACACGCACAUGAGACAGAUCAAAGUGUAUACCCCCGUGGAGGAGAGCUCCAUCGGCAAGUUCCCAAGAUGCACCACGGUCGACUUCAUGAUGUACCGCACUAUCAGAUGACACUGAGGGUUCCGGGUGGAACCUCCUCAGGGUUCCGACUAGAACUUUCCAGAGUUCCGGGUGGAACCCUUAAGUGUACAGUGUUGACAAAUAAGGGAAUUGGAAUGCUAAGUUUAAAAAAAAGAGUGAAAUAUUAUUCAAAUUUUCAAGUUAACCUGAAAUCAUUUUCAUUUAAGAUUACAUGGAGCCACUUGACGUAUUACGGUCUCUGGGUGCAUCCCAAAUGGCACCCUAUUCCCUAUAUAGUACACUACUUUAUACCAGAGCCCUAUUCCCUAUAUAGUACACUACUUUAUACCAGAGCCCUAUUCCCUAUAUAUAGUGCACUACUUUAGACCAGGGCCCUAUUCCCUAUAUAGUGCACUACUUUAUACCAGAGCCCUAUUCCCUAUAUAUAGUGCACUACUUUAGACCAGGGCCCUAUUCCCUAUAUAGUGCACUACUAUAGACCGGACCCCUACGUGUGUUCCUAUGGACCCUUGUCAAAAGUUGUGCACUAUAUAAGGAAUAGGGCUCUGGUAUAAAGUAGUGCACUAUAUAGGGAGUAGGGCCCUGGUCUAAAGUAGUGCACUAUAUAGGGAAUAGGGCUCUGGUAUAAAGUAGUGCACUAUUAUAUAGGGAAUAGGGCUCUGGUAUAAAGUAGUGCACUAUAUAGGGAGUAGGGUGCCGUGUUGGCAUCUCUCUGUGUUAUUGAUGAUGUUAAUUCCAUAUUAGUCUGAUGGCCUGUCUUUCGGUUGGUGUCUGAUGUAAAGAUGAUUUGAAAACUUCAACGAGACCAUGUAAGGUUUACUCCCCGUGUGACUAGACCUGCUGUCUGACUGGGAAUGAAUGUCGAAUGUAUGUAUCUCUCUGUUGUUGAAUUAAAUGUGUUUUGAGUUUGA